AUGCUUACACGAUUCAUUGGCAUAACAAGGUCUGGGAUCUGUCGGACAUAUCUGACAGCUUCCACUAAAUCAUUUUAUGAAUUGUUUCCGAAAAAUUUUCCACAUGGUGGCCCCCCACAAGAUUCAUUUAUUGUGAACGACAAAUCCUUACGUCGAGAGUAUCGUUCGCUACAGAGUGAAAGCCACCCGGACAUUUCGUCAGAUACUAUUAAAUCUUCAAACAUAAACAGAGCUUAUACCACUUUGAAGAAUCCGUAUACCCGCAUCGCCCAUUUCAUCCACUUGAAACUGCCGGACCAUGUAAAUAUCACCGACGAUGCAGUGGCCAAGCAACUAAUCAAGAAUUACCAAAAGAAAUCCAUGGAAGCGUCAAUGAACUAUAAGGAGAUGCUAAUGCAGGUAAUGGAAGCCCACGAGCAACUAGAAUUAGCAGAACUGGAAAACGAAUUGGAAACGUUGGGGGCCGAAAAUGAUGAGCGUAUAAGAUCCACCGAAGAAAAGAUCAACCAGUCACUAAAACAUACUUCUAUAGACUGGGAAGAGUUGAUGAUGGAUGCUAUCCAGCUAAAGUAUUGGGUUAAUAUACAAAAUGGAAUCAAAGAUUGGGAGCCCGGUAAGCCAGUCCAUCUAACUCAUUAA